AUGUCGCAGAACAACAUGCAAAACAACAUCACUCAGGGCCAGCAAUCUCUGCCGCCAUUGUCCUCACUCACCAACCGUCUACCUACGGCUGAGCCGACCCCGGCACAGCCCAGGCAGCACUCAGAAGCACGCGAGGUUCGCGACUCAGGCAAUUGGUCUCUUGCCCAAAGCAAACGGUUCGACAGCCGGCUCAGUAUCGAUGCCGGCUCUCAUUUCGACUCUCGACGCAGCAGCGUAGACAGUCGGAUGAACGCUACCAUGGGUCAUCUAUCCAUUCACCCGCAGUCACCAUACGAGAGCCAAAAUGCGUCCCGAGUCUCGCUUGUCUCGAACCUCCAGCAGCAACGCGGCAUCACAAAUCCUGACGCGCGCCCUAACGGCACUUCUCCUCUGUCACCCAACCGCGCUGCUCCGCGUGCCAACCAUCCCCCUCGACGUGCCCCGGUCAUCAACCCCAACCCCAGAAGCGUGUCUGGCAUGCCGGAUCCCAUGGCGGCGGCUCCGACUAAGGGUUUUGCUUGGGCCUUUCCCGCAGAUGAUUACGACCACGAAGAGAAGAGGACGUCCAGUAGCGGCGAGUCUAGCGUAGACCGAUCCAACGCCCCUUCGCGUCAAGGCAGCUUCGCGACGUCGGUCAACAGCAGCAUCUUCACCACAGACUCCAAGCUACCACCCGGUCAACAACGACUGAAUGAUGGCACGCCUCCCUACUCUCAUCCUUCAUCAGACGUACUGACUAGUUCAGACAUCCCUAGCACUCAUCAUCACUCCAUGCAACAUCGCAGCGUGACUAGCCUGCAGAAUGUUGAUCCCACCAACCCGCUUGCGCCUGGGAGUGGAAGUUAUAGCAGGACCCCUGAGCUUCGCGUCAGCCACAAGAUGGCAGAGAGGAAGCGUCGUAGUGAGAUGAAGAACCUGUUCGAUGAUCUCAAUGGCAUCCUUCCCAACAGCCCAGGCAGCAAGUCAUCUAAGUGGGAGAUUCUCACCAAGGCUAUUGAAUAUGUCACAAGCCUGACCCGCGCACACCAAAGCGCUCGCGAGGAAAUCAGUCGCUUGCGACCAGAUGCAGAGUACUGUCGUCGGGCCCAGGAGGAGAACGAGCUCCUCCGAGCAGAAUUGAACGCCGUGUGGAACGCUCUCCGUCGCGUCGAUCCAUCCAACUCUCAUGUCUACGGAAGUAUGACAGGCCAGUUCGCACAAGGACAACCCGCAACUCCUGCGUCCGGAACCAACGUCCUUCCACCGUUACAGCAACAGCAACAGCAGCAGCAGCAGCAGCAGCAACAGCAGGGGCUCUCGCAACAGCCACCACCAUCGCAGGCUCAGUGGGGACCACCGCCGCAUGGAGGCUCUAUGCAGGGACCGAUGCAAGGCGUCGAGUUUGGUGGUAUGCGGCCCUACGAGCACCCUCACCGUUGA